GAGCAGAUACGGAAGCAAGCCGACAGGAACGAUACGCUUCGUGGCUCCUGUAUCCAACGCACGUUCGUACUAUCAGAUCCCUGUCUUGCCUGAACGAGUUCAGAUUGGCGGACAUGGCGUGCGGCACGUGAACGUUCUCUUAGAUUUCUGGGCUGAACCAUUUACUUUUGGCGACUCUUCCUCCUCGUCAAUGAAGAAAUCCAAGCACACCCUACCCGGCACCUUCCUGCACGCCAUCCAAACGUUCUGGUCGGUUGACCCUCGUUUGCAGAAGUAAAUCGACCCUGCUGCUUCUGCAAUAAUCCGCUAUGAAGUUCGGAAAGCAUAUCCAGGCUGAACAAGUUCCCGGGUGGUCUCUAUAUUACUUGGACUACAAGGCUCUCAAGAAGAUCAUAUCAUCUCUAAAUUCGCCUCGACCACCGGCAGAAGCUGCAGCUCUUGGUGUUGGCGUGCAACCUGGACAGUACUCUGACCGCCUAUUGCAAGGCAUAACCGAAAGGGGCUCGCCUAUCUUUGCAUCUUUGGGUCAGGAUGAGGACAGGGGAACAAGUUUCCAAGCACAAAGAGCCACUUUCUUCUUCAGGCUCGAACGAGAACUUGAAAAGAUCAAUGCAUUCUAUCUGGAGAAAGAGGCCGAGCUGACAUUGCGCCUUGAGACUUUGCUAUCGAAACGGCGUGCUGCUGCAAUGCACAUCUUACCAGAUGCUUUGGACGACUAUACAACUCUGAAUCAUGUCGAAUGGAGCGCUGUUGCAGAAGGUUUUCGACUCCUCGAGCGAGAUCUCGGGAAGUUACAACAAUUUGUCGAGCUGAACGCAACCGGCUUCCGCAAGAUCCUGAAGAAAUGGGAUAAGCGUUCAAAAUCAACUACAAAGGAGCUUUAUCUCGCCCGGCAAGUCGAGGUACAGCCAGUAUUCAACAGACAGCUUAUUGCUGAGAUGUCUGAUACCGUUGCGACUUGUCUACUCGACCUCACCGAUCUGAGCUCAGGAUUGAAAUACGAAACGUCUGCAGCUGACGACGUAAUUCUCAAUCAACAGUUAAAUAUCGACCGAUCUACUCAGAUGGGCCCUUUCCGUGACCUCGAGAGUAAUCUCAGGAAAGCUAUUGCAGAUGGCGAUAGCAAGUCUCUUCGGGAUCUUGUCCGGUACUCGGAUUCUCUUUCUCAAUCGCCGGAAGCAAAGAUGCAUGUCACUCGCAUUCUGUGGAAGGCGGUCAUCGAUGCGCCAACGGAGCUUGCAGACCUAAUCCUUGAAUCCACCGCAGGUCCAUUCAACUAUGCCUUCGUUGACGACAUCAACGGAAGGACAUGCCUCCACGAAGCCGCCAUUGUUGGUGCAUUGCGUCUGGUGAACCUAUGCCUUGCGCACGGCGUACAAAAGGAGAAAGUCGACAUAUAUGGCCGCUCAGCUCUGCAUUAUGCUGCAAUGUACGGCCAUACAAGAGUAUGUCAAAGGCUGAUCGAGGUCGGAUUACCAGCAGAUGUCGUCGAUCUUGACAAUUGCACCCCACUCAUAUACGCUAUCCUGAAAGGCUCUGUGGAAUGCGUUCGGGUACUACUGGAAGACGGCAGGGUUCCUGCCGCCAGUAAUACCUUGAAUGGCGAUUUCAUGCCCUUAUCUCUUGCUGCGCGCGCAGGACACUUGCAAGUUGUUCUCCUGUUGCUUGAGCACAAUGCUCCCAGCCUCCCCAAUACCAACGGCGAAUAUCCUAUCCACCUGGCUGCGCAAGAGGGUCAUGCUGAAGUGUGUCGCGUCCUCACUGUCUGCGAGGGAUGGGAUGUACCUGACAAAUACAACGAAUGGACGCCGCUUUUCCAUGCCGCUCGCUACGGCCAUGUGGAUUGUCUUCGGAUACUUCUUAGUGUUGGAAGUCAAAUUGACAUGACAGAUGAGGUCGGCCAUUCUGCUGUAUACUACGCUGCCUGGUACGGACACCUAGACUGUGUCGCUGUACUCAUGGAAGCUGCCGCAAAAGUCAACAUGGUGCAGUCAACGACUCUUGCGUCCCCCAUGUCCGAUACUCAAAUGUCGACGGGAUCGGAAUUUGAUAUUGAUGCGAUUCCCUCUCUGUCACUUCCCCCUCCGAUGAUGCCUUAUCGCGUUUACGGUCAUAAUUACCUCGAUCGAAAUUCGUUGGUGCAAGUUUCCGUUGGUCAUCUCUCCUCCAGGUUUGGCGAGGCGUCCGCCGAACCUUCAUCUGCUGUACAACUGCGAUUUCCACUUCGAGGCCCAUCUUUCAACGAUCGGUACCUUCAUACUUCUCCACGGUUGAAGCUAGUCAUGACGCCAACGGCUGUCGUGACUGCGGCUCCAUACAGUAUUCCGAUACCCUUAACAGAGGAAAAAACCAUCUUCACAUUCCAAAUUCCAUCAGCGGAUGCACUUUCUUUGGAGUUCUCUCUCUAUCCCAACUUCGGCACAAAAACCAUUGGACGUGCGAUUGCUCUUCCUUGUUUUUUCUCAUCAAUUCAGAAUAGUCAAGCAUUCACCCUACCUAUCUUAGACCAUCGUCUCCAUAUAGUUGGUGAGGUCUCGUUUGAGGUUAAUAUCAUCAACCCUUUCAACGGUGUAACGCUCGAAAUCGGUGGUGCCGUAGAGACAUACUGGAAGUCUAUCGCGAAUCCGGUCCCAAAUCCUGCCCUGAAGACUGUUACUCCGCGAUCUAUGCCGUCUGCCCGACGGCUGCCAUCCGCUCAGAAUUCGCCUUCAAACCGCCCUACAACGCCUCUGGGGGCGCACUCCUUGACACAGUCGUCUGUAACAGGGAGUUACCUUUAUGUAACGGUUCAAGUUACACGGGAUGGUUAUCCUGUAACCUAUUCACAAUGGUCGUUGCCAGAGGGGAACUAUGACUUGGGCGUGGCGGAUAUUACAUUGUCGCAGUUCUCGGCUCUAGCAGGGCGAUUGGGCAGGCGACUGGGACCCCUGGGACAUUGUAAAACCUUGGACGACUUCCGUGUCGCGGUCGCCCGUUCCAUGACAUCGCUUGAAGAGUUACUCAGGGCUCUUCCCCCAACCGUAGGCAUAUGUCUUGAGGUGGCUUAUGCUCCUGCGCGAGUCAGAGAACGCCAUGGCUUGGGUCAUCAACCAAAGCUCAACGAUGUUGUUGAUGCCGUUCUACGGACGGUGUACGCAACAUCAUCACUGGAAGGACAAAUUGCUCGUCGGAACGUCAUCUUCACCUCGUUCUCACCCGAUAUCUGCUCUGCUCUGAAUUGGAAGCAGCCAAACUAUCCGGUCUUCUUCGCGUCACAACACGGCCAAACGAAUGCCGCCUGUCCGAGCUCAACAGCUCUGUCAGUUGCUGAUGCACAUGACUAUAGGCUGUCUAGUAUAGGCGCGGCGGUUGAAUGGUGCAAGAUGAAUAAUUUGCUUGGUUUACUUCUGGAUGGAAACCUACUGGGAAAGAUACCGUCUCUUGUUCAAGGGGCAAAGGAUUUUGGUCUGCUAGUCAGUGCAUUCGGCAGGCCGGAUGAUCUGACUGUGUUUUCUGGGGGUGCCAGCGGUGUAGACGCACUGCUUCAAGAUGGAAUCUUGACAUAUUUCGACCACUCUAAACGAGCCUAAUCCUACUACGUACUAAUCUAAGGUCCAAAUGUACUCAUAAUAUAACAAUAGAGCAAAAAACAAUGUGAACAGUCUUGAAAAAAAUCAAAAUUUGACCU